UAUAAAUGGAACAAUGGGAUACUUGGCUAGCUAAUGAUAUUUUUGUUUGUAAUAAAAUUAAAAAUGAAAAUAAUAUUAAAGAAACAACAAAUAAAUUGAAAGAAAAUAUUAGAAACAAUAACUUAGAUAAUACACAGGAAAUAAAUAAAUCGGAUGAAACAAUAACGACGCCUUUAUGGUCAGCAAAAAUUAUAGAAAACCCCAAAAAACUUAAUUGUACAUCAAAAAGUGAUUUGAAUUCUUUUAUUCAAUUAAUUGAAAGGAAGAAACCUUUAAAUGAAAUUUUAAAAAUUGAAAACCUUUCGGGUAUUAAAAAAAUUUUUUUUAAUUUUUGUUUAAAAGAUGAAUUAAAAAAUGAGGCAAUUCUUUGGGAUGAAAAAUUUCCAGAUUUGACAAUAUUUGGAAAAGGGAUAAAGAAAAGUUUGGAACAACAAGAAAGAGAUAAUUUAAGAAAAAUAAUUUCAAAAAGAAUUAUUGAGGACCAUUUAAUGCCUGAGGUAUAUGCUUUCCUUAAUACAAGGAAUUCUGGCAAUAAUAAUUCAAAAUCUGGCCAUUUUUUUCUUCCACCAAUAUUGAAUUCUCAAAAGAAAGAGUUGAAUAAAAUGAUAAACAAAAAAUGA